UGAAAGUGAAUGGACCAAAAUGGGGUUAUCUUUCCAUCACAACAAAAAAGGCACGAACGUCUCCCAACCGCCAUUUCUUGUUCCUUCGGAAACCAUGGAGCUCCUCCCAUACUCUAAACGUCUCUCUCCCAACUCAUCCCCAAAACAACUUCACCAAAAUGCAUUUUCCUUUUGGCUCCAUCUUCACCUCCAAAAGCUCCCCGCAGGGCUGCAACCUUGCCCAUCUAACUCGCCGCCUCCAUUUCAUUGCCAUAACAACUCAUCCACAUCGCGAGGUGUACAUCGAACGGAAAUUGCAUAUAGCAAAUCGAAAAAUUUGGUGGCAAAGCUCAAAUAAAACUUAUACAUUUCCGGCCUAUUGAAUGAGUUAUGGAGGAUGCGUUGGAAUGAUUGAAAUGAGCGGAACGAGGAUUUUCGUUCCAUGUUUGCUGUUUCUGAUUCUUUCUUUAGCAUCAUUGGGGCCGGUUUGGUGUGAUGAUGGGGAUGAAUCCGAUGGUGAUAUUGGUGAGGGCAAUCAAGCUGCUGCAGUGCCAAUUGUUUCAUCUCUCAUAUAUACUCAAAUUUCUAACCUUACAAAGGUUUACAACAAAGAUAUCAACAGGGAGCUAGGAUUUUGCAUUAAUGAUGUAGAUGCAGAUGUAAAUGCAGCCUUCAAUUUUUCAAAAAAUUUGGAUUUCAUGAGUAACUGUUAUAAACAGACAAAAGUCGCUUGGGCAUGUGAACAGAUGUAAGACAACGGCUAUGUACUGCUGCAGAGAUAAAAUUCUACUUCACCAGUUUUUUGGAUACAAGAUCAGCAGAGGUUCAAUUCUUAAAACCCAACCGAAAUUGUAAUUUGACAUCCUGGGUUCCUGGAUGUGAACCAGGAUGGUCUUGCAGUGUUCCUGAGGAUGAAAAAGUGGAUCUUAAGAACUCCAAGGAUGUACCUGAGCGAACUCUUAAUAGUCAGCCUUGUUGUGAGGGAUUCUUUUGCCCUCGAGGUCUCACUUGCAUGAUA